AUGUUUGUGGUUGUUCGUUUUGGAGAUGACGAACAACGUCUAUUUAACACAAACUGUCGGGCAAAAAUCUUGUACGAAAACAUCAAGGAACGAUGUAACUGUCAAAGCGAAGAUGUUAUCGAUUUGGCAGAUGAAAAUGGUUUCCUAAAAAAUCUUCCUGGACGCCCACCAAACGAAUAUGCUACAACGUUUUUACCAAAUCGUAGCACUUUUAUACUUCUUCAAAUCACCGAGGACAACACCUCAAAGCAAAAGCAGUCAGUUUAUACGCCAUUACUAAGGGGAGUGUCGGAGUCCAUUCCAGACUUUUUAGCUAAACUCUACAGCAAGAAAGUCAAUCCAGAAAUCUCUAUACCAGGCCCAGUUAUUUCCAGAUCACAGUCUCCCAAGCCUAGUGCAAUUGGAAAAGGAAAACUUGCUUCCAAAACUCAAGUCAGAGCAACACCUCGCUCUAAAGGCCGCUUUCAUUGA